AUGAGCCUCGACAACGUUGCAUACAUCCUCGCUGCCCUGACUGCCGGCGGCGGCAUUACUGGCUAUGUCAGAACUGGCUCCGUCCCCUCCAUCGCUGCCGGCUGCUCGGUCGGUGCCCUCUACGCCCUCGGUGCCAUGAGAAUCUCCAACCGUCAACCCUAUGGCAUCGAGUUGGCUCUGCUGGCCAGCGUUGUCCUCGCUGGAAGCAGUAUCCCGAGAGCAAUCAAGUCCGGAAAGCCUCUUCCCAUUGGCCUGAGUCUUCUUGCUGCCUAUGGUCUUUACAGCUUCGGCUCUGCCUGGUCUGCUAGAGUUCGUUAA